AUGAAGAUUCUUUUCGUAAUAUUCGUUUCAGCAGUUUGCGUAAAUGGGUCCAGUGCAAACCAGAAAAUUCUGAACCCAAUUCCAGUCUUGAGACAAUUGUUUGAAAUAUUACGAAGUGGGAUAAAGAAUGGCAGUCCCGCAAAUAACUUACCAAUCAUGGAUCCAUUUAAAAUUGAGACAGGUGAAAUUGAUGUUCAGGACAAAUUUGUAAGACUAGACGCAAAUUUGACAGAUCUUAUUAUAAGAGGGCUUGGAGAAUUUCGAGUGAAAGACGUGCAAUUUUCCCAAGAUCAGAUUGCAGUGGAUGUUAAACUUCUCUUCCCAAAGCUGUACUUUGAAUCAGAAGCGAAAAGUAUGAAAGUGAUACUGUUAGUGUUUCUGCUGGUUGCCGCAGCAGCAGCUGCUCCUAAUGCUUUUGAAGACCAAAAUGCCUUAGAACAUUAUGAAGCACUGGUGAAGGCGAGUCCGGAAAGUCGUAAUUUUCUCGUGAACGCGUUAAUCCGUCAACUCCUGGAAUUCCUUCGUAACCUCAUCGCCAAUGGAAAUGACCUUUUCGGUAUUCCACCUCUAGACCCGUUAGUAGUUGAUAAACUCAACUUGGAUCUACCAGCUGGACUGAUUAAUUUAAACUUGAAUCUGACAAACGCAGUAGUGGGUGGUAUUGGUGGUUUUGUGGCUCACAGAACUCAUCUGGAACCGGCCGACCUAUCCUUCGACAUUGACAUUGCUGUACCGAGACUCAAAGUGAAUGCUGAGAGAUACAGUCUCAUCGGUAACAUCCUCACAGCUGUUCCUAUAUAUGGUGACGGUGGAGCAGAGUUUAUCGUCGAGGGUUUCAGGUUUAAAGCGAAACUGUUCCUGAAACAAUCGGCCAAUGAAAAAGCCGUUAUAAUUGAUAGAAUUGAGAACGUUAGCUUUGAAAUUCCCAGUUUCAAGGCUGCUGUGAAAGGAGCUAUUGGCGGUGGUGAUAUAGACACUAUCGUGAAUGCUGUAAUUGAUGAAGUGAUCGUCGGUUAUGUGAACCGAUUCCGUGGUGCUAUAUCCAACAUCGCUGGUGUUGUUGUCGUCGCUGUACUCAAUCCUAUCCUGGAGCAACUGGACACUUGGGGUUGGAUCUCCAUAAUUUUACCAAGACCCUAG